AUGUCCGAUUGUAGGAGGCAGUGGAACCGAGAGGAUGAACUGCCGGUUUACCUGGCGGGGCCGAUCAGCACGGGGCCGAGCCAGCGGAAAUCCUACGGGAUGUUCAGCUCCGUGGAGGGGGCGUUCGACAGCAAGACGAUAGACUUCGACAGCUACGCGGUGGGCAGGAAAGGGAGCCGCACCCCGAGGAGCGGGAGCCGAGAGAGGGUGCUGGACGUCGGCGACCCCGCCGCCCAGACGGCCGCCGCGGGCCGGGCAGGCUCGCUGCUCGGCUCGCCCGAGAGGAGAGACUACAGUAAACAGCCUGGCUCAUGCCUCUCACUCUGUCCCCUUCCUCCUCCCCUUUCUCCCCCUUCCUCUACCUUAAAGAGUGAAGGGCUGUUGAUCAAAGGGGGACGAGUGGUCAACGAUGAUCAGUCUCUGUAUGCGGACGUCUACAUCGAGGAUGGGCUCAUCAAGCAAGUGGGGGAGAACCUGAUUGUUCCCGGAGAUGUGAAGGUGAUCGAGGCUAAAGGUCGCAUGGUGAUACCGGGGGGCGUAGAUGUCAACACCUGUCUGAUGAAGCCCUAUCUGGGCACACAGCCCGUGGAUGACUUUUUCCAGGGUACCAUGGCAGCUCUGGCGGGGGGCACUACCAUGAUCAUUGACCAUGUGGCCCCCCAGCCAGGAGAAAGCUUGCUGGAGGCUUUUGAGUACUGGCAGGAGGCUGCGGACAGGAAGGCGUGUUGCGAUUACUCCCUCCAUGUAGACAUCCCCCAGUGGCACGAGGGCGUCAAGGAGGAGCUGGAGCUCCUGGUGCAGGAGAAAGGUGUCAACUCCUUCCAGGUGUUCAUGGCCUACAAAGACUUGUACCAAAUGAAAGACUCUCAGCUGUAUGAGGCGUUCUCGUUCCUUAAGGAGUUGGGUGCCGUGGUGCUGGUCCACGCUGAGAAUGGGGACCUGAUUGCUCAGGAACAGAGAAAGAUCCUUAGCAUGGGAAUCACUGGGCCUGAGGGCCAUCCCCUGAGUCGACCCGAAGAGAUAGAGGCUGAGGCGGUGUUCCGUGCCAUCACUCUCGGUAGCCGUGUCAACUGCCCCGUCUACAUCACCAAGGUGAUGAGUAAGAGUGCAGCUGACACUGUCACCCAGGCCCGGAGGAAAGGAUCUGUCGUCUUCGGGGAACCAAUUACAGCCAGCCUGGCCACUGAUGGCUCUCACUAUUGGAGCAAGAACUGGGCCAAGGCUGCUGCCUAUGUGAUGUCUCCCCCCCUUAGUCCUGACCCCACGACCCCUGACCACCUCCACACACUGCUGGCCUGCGGGGACCUGCAGGUGGUGGGCAGUGCUCACUGUGCCUACAGUGUGUCCCAGAAGGCCAUCGGCAAGGACGACUUCACCCUGAUACCCGAGGGAACCAACGGCGUGGAAGAGAGGAUGGGGUUUGUCUGGGACAAAGCUGUGGCCAUGGGGAAGAUGGACGAGAACCAAUUUGUGGCCGUCACAUCCACCAACGCUGCCAAAAUCUUCAACCUUUACCCCCGUAAGGGCCGGAUAGCAGCGGGCUCCGAUGCGGACAUCGUCAUCUGGGACCCCAAUAAAAGCAAGACCAUUACCGCGAAACGCCAGCAGUCGGCUUUGGAGUACAACAUCUUUGAGGGUCUGGAGUGCCGCGGGGGUCCGGUGCUGGUGGUGAGUCAGGGCCAUGUGGCGUAUGAGGACGACAAGCUGCAGGUUCAACAGGGCGCUGGCCGCUUCAUUCCCCGCAAGCCGUUCCCAGACUAUGCCUACCAGCGCAUCAAGUUCAGGAACCAGGUUAAAGGCAGGCAAGGCGUAUCCCGUGGGAUGUAUGACGGGCCCGUGUACGACAUGCCCAUCACUCCAAAAUACAUCACUCCUGCCCCCUCGGCCAAGACCUCACCCAUCUCCCACCAGCCUCCACCAAUCCGUAAUCUUCACCUGUCCAACUUCAGCCUAUCAGGUGCCCAGAUAGACGACAACGUGCCGCGUCGCUCCGGCCACCGUAUUGUAGCGCCACCUGGUGGACGUUCGAACAUCACCAGCCUCGGUUGAACACUGCGCUCAAAACGUGGAGGGGUUUUCACCUUGUGCU